CAACAUGACAUUUGAUGGACAUAACCUCAAAGUCAUUAAAUUACUACUAUCACGAUAUUCACAAUUACGUGAAUAUUUUCCCUAAAAAUGUCUAAUAAUAGCCUGUUUUUAAAGUCUGGCUUUGUACGAGCGCCUCUGCAGAACGGCGUUGGCCGCUACGUAUGCCAAUUGCAAAGGAUUGUGCUUAAAUUCUGUAAAAGUCAUGGCAGCAGCCGCGGUAUGAGGGACUUCAUAGAGCAAGAUCUGGUGGAGUUUGCACGGGAGAACCCGGGUGUGGUGGUGUACCUUAAACCGCGGCGCCACCGCUCCCCAGUCGUAGUCGGGGAGUACUUAAACGGCGACCGCGUCUGGAUGAACAUGGGGAACAAGCAGCAUUCAGAAAUCACCAAAUGGAUCGAAGUUCUCCGCACCCAACAGGGCGACGUGUCUAACACUCGGCUCCGGAAGUAUCAGCACACGGAGCACCCGUCCAUACAGGGUGCCUGGACACCUUGGACGUUUAAAGUGCCCGAACUUAAUACUGCUACUCUGCCGGAUGCUGAGUUCGGAAGGAAUGACAGACUGCCGCGUUCGGCGACGGAGGAGCUGCGGCUGCUGUUCGAGAAGCAGAGGCUGGACGAGAAACAACUUAAGACUGGAGAAUAGACUAAAAAUAUACACAAAAUGUUACAUAGGUCAUGCAGAGAUGUAGGCCGUGUUUCGACCAGAGGUGUGCGAAGAUGUGUAGCAAGGGAUGUGUUUGUUAAGAACCAAUAGAAUAACUUUAUUUGUUUUCCUCGCUCAGCGUGCAGUGAUUCUCUUGGUUCUUAAAGACACAUCCUCGCUAAGCACCCCCGCACAUCUCUGAUGGUAACGCAUCCUUCGGUUCUUAUUUAUCUUUAUUUGACUUUGGUCAAACAAAACCCCACAAUCUACAUUAUUUAGUAUUGGGUAAUAAGUGAUAACUUUUGUUUAUAUACAAUCAAUCAAUUUUUUUUGUGUUAUGGCUCCAUCAGUGUUGAUGAUUCUGCCAAUGUCGAGGUUGGAUAAGACACGGCUAGUAUAUGAAUCUUAUCAUAUUACGGUCAUAGACAGUGUUCGGUGGAGUAUCCGAUCAAUCUGCAAAGAAAUACAAAUUACCACUAACUAGCUCACAGACUACAUACAGUUCAGUAGUGUCUAAAUACAAUAAUAAUUGUUAUUUAAAAAAAUAGAACACUAUUCAACAUCAGCAGGGGUCGGACAAAAAGUGCGGAUGACGUCAAACCACUCAGGUGAUUUCAAAUAGUAUUUUUGAUUUUCAUAAACAAUUAUCACUUAUCAUUUAUCAACCUCUUUAUUAAACGAUAUCGCCACUUGAAAUGAGUAAGUACGUUUUUGACUGACACAUUGUCAAUCAGAUGAACAAUAAAUUGACUUCGUUAUUGUUUAGCUAUUGUAUCUUCAAGAUUAUAUUUAGCUAAAAUUUAUAUUUACUAAUGUAUAAGAAAACGCUCUAAAAUGUCAUCUUUACUCGAAUAUUGUGGCAAUUUUCCGUUUUUGGAGGUACGUGACAAACACGUAUACUGCUCUUGCUGUAAUCAAGAUAUACCAACGAAGGUAAGCAAUAUUAAAAGACAUUUGGAGACAACCAAACAUGUCGGAAACGUAGAAAAAAAGGGCAAAGUGAAUUUAAUAUGAACCUUACAAAUUUUAUGAUAGCAGCAAACAUACCCUGGGUGCAACUACAAAAUGAAAACUUCCGUAAUUUCAUAAAAAAAAUGCAUAAAUGUAUUAUUAAUUCCAUGGAUUUAUUUACGAUUAUUUUGUUACUUCAUUAAUACUACUUUCUUACUACAUGUCACACGGAAGUUUAAAUACAAACUCAAACAUCAUCCUGUGUGCAAGAUUACGUCAUUUUUACGUCAUCCGCAUUUUUUGUCCCACCCCUGAACAUCAGUAAAACAGGAGAGAAAAACGCUAAACGGAACUUAAAUUAUGCAUGAGCACGUGACUUUUCGUUCCGAUCUGUCAUCCCGAUACUUUUACAUUUCAAUAGGUUUUUGUUAAUAACCGCACCCAUGUACGGUCACGUCUGAAAAUAUCAAUACAAAAAACGCGCCAAAAAUAUGUAUACACGACUUUAUUGCCCAUAUAUAAAGGUGGUGUAUACAUAUAUUUGGCACAUUUUUCGUAUCGAUAUUUUCAGACGUGACUGUACAAGUUAAAGUAGUUAAACCAACCAUAGAGAAAAAAGUACAUAGAGUGCUAACUCCAUACAUCAGUUUUGAUACCAAAACGCUUAUUAUUUUCACAGUCGCGACGAACGAAAGCUCUAAUGCUCAACAAUUUUCAGCUAAUAUAAUAACCGGAUUAACCGGAACUCUAUUUUCAACUCCUUCUGCUUGUAAUAUUAGUUGUAAAUUGUUGAGAAAUACAAUUUUCGUCAGUCGCGACACCCGAUACAUCUAGUGUCAAGUAGCGGUACUGAUAAUUCCGCUACUCGAUGCUAGAUGUCGACUAUGGAAAUAAUAAUCGUUUUGGUGCCAAAUUGAUAUAAUGAUGUAUGAAGUGAGCACUAUGUUUACUUCUUAUUUCUCCAUGGCUGUAUUAAAUAGCAGUUAAUCGAAGUUUUUAACAGAUGGCACUAGCAUAAGAUUAACGUGUCAAUCCCAUGUGUCUAACUUUGUUUUUUUAAACUUGGAUCAAUGUCAUUUCAUCCAAAUCUCAUAGAUCAAAACUAGAGACAAAUAAAACCUAUGCUGGCGCCAUCUAUAAAAAAUCUUGGGACAGUUUCCAACACCAUUGUAAUAGAAAUACUGAUAAAGAACCGGGGGAAAAUCUUGUUAAGGUAAUUAUAAUUAGUUUUAGAUUGUACAAAUAUAAAUUUAGUAAAUAAUGCUUGAUUUU